AUGGGAUAAGCUGUAAACAUGUUUAGCUUUGAAGGGGAUUUCAAAACAAGGCCCAAGGUGUCUCUCGGAGGAGCGAGUAGGAAGGAAGAAAAGGCUUCUCUCCUACAUCGUACUCAGGAAGAAAGGAGAAAACGAGAGGAAGAGAGGCGGAGGCUGAAAAAUGCAAUAAUAAUCCAGUCAUUUGUAAGAGGGUACAGAGACAGAAAACAUCAAUACUCUAUCCAAAGAAGUGAAUUUGAUCGCUGUGCUAAUUUGGCCCAAUCUGGAGGAACCUUUUCCACUGCUAAUGGAGCUAAUUUGACUCUUUUAGUUCGUCAGUUACUCUUUUUCUAUAGACAGAAUGAGGAUUCUAAGCGUUUGGUAUGGAUGUGUCAGAAUUUAAUUAAACAGAGUUCUCAGUUUGUUAAGCAAUUGGAUGGUCCAGACAGACUUACUUGCUUAUUCCAAAUAAAAAGACUGUUGGGGCUGUGUUGCAGGCUAUUGCAAAAUUGCAAUGAUGACAGUCUGAAUGUUGCACUUCCUAUGAGAAUGCUUGAGGUAUUUUCGUCUGAGAAUACGUAUUUGCCUGUUUUACAAGAUGUCAGCUAUGUGACAUCAUUAAUUGAACAAAUUUUGCACUACAUGAUUCAAAAAGGCUACUACAAGUCGCUUUAUUUGUUAAUUAACAAUAAGCUUCCCUCGAGUAUUGAGUAUUCCGAUGUUUCUCGAGUCCCUAUUGCAAAAAUACUUCUGGAGAAUGUUCUGAAGCCAUUGCACUUUACGUAUAGCUCCUGUCCAGAAGGUGCAAGGCAGCAGAUUUUUGCAGCCUUCACAGAGGAGUUUCUGGCAGCACCUUUUACAGAUCAGAUAUUCCAUUUCAUCAUUCCAGCGCUUGCUGAUGUGCAGACCAUUUUCCCUUAUGAACUCUUUCUGAAUGCACUAUUACUAGCAGAAAGUGGAUAUUCAAGAAGAAGUGAUCAAGCCCCAUGGCUUUUUUACUUUGUAUUAACAGUUGGAGAAACAUAUUUGGGAUCCCUUUCAGAGGAAGGACUUCUUGUGUAUUUGAGGGUACUCCAAACUUUUCUCUCUCAGCUGCCUGUGUCUGCUACUGGUACAAACUGUCAAGAUGCAAACAGUGAUUCUGAAGAUGAGGAUGAAGAGAUCAGUAAAACGACAACUACACCAGGUGAUGGGAGAAUAUCAGUUCAGUACAUAACUGAGGAGUGUCUAAAGAAAUUGGAUACAAAGCAGCAAACAAACACUCUACUGAAUAUGGUUUGGAGAGAUUCAGCUAGUGAAGAAGUCUUUACCCUGAUGGCAUCAAUCUGCCACACGCUAAUGGUACAACACCGAAUGAUGGUGCCAAAAGUCAGGCUUCUUUAUAGUUUAGCCUUUAAUGCCAGAUUCCUGAGGCAUCUUUGGUAUUUGAUAUCUUCAAUGACCACACGAAUGAUUACAGGGUCUAUGGUGCCACUCCUUCAAGUGAUUUCAAGAGGCUCUCCAAUGUCUUUAGAAGACUCUAGUCGAAUUAUCCCUCUCUUCUACCUUUUUAGUUCUUUGUUCAGUCAUUCACUUAUUUCUAUUCAUGAUAAUGAAUUCUUUGGUGAUCCGAUAGAAGUUGUAGGUCAAAGACAAUCAUCAAUGAUGCCUUUUACACUAGAAGAGCUUGUAAUAUUAUCACGCUGCCUUCGAGAUGCAUGUUUAGGAAUCAUAAAGUUGGCUUAUCCAGAAACAAAACCAGAGGUUCGUGAGGAAUACAUUGCAGCAUUUAGAAGUGUCGGAGUAACAAAAAAUACAGAAAUGCAGCAAUGUAUACAGACAGAACAAAAACGGUGGAUUCAGUUAUUCAAGGUCAUCACAAACUUAGUGAAAAUGUUGAAAUCUAGAGAUACAAGGAGAAAUUUCUGCCCACCAAAUCACUGGCUCUCAGAACAAGAAAACAUUAAAGCAGAUAAGGUUACGCAGCUGUAUGUGCCAUCCGCCAGACAUGUCUGGAGAGUCAGAAGAAUGGGAAGAAUAGGACCGUUGCAAUCUACUUUGGAUGUGGGUUUGGAACCAGCACCUCUUUCCGUAUCUGAAGAACGACAACUUGCAAUUUUGACAGAGCUACCUUUUGUAGUUCCUUUUGAAGAAAGAGUAAAGAUUUUUCAAAGACUGAUCUAUGCUGAUAAACAAGAAGUUCAAGGAGAUGGUCCAUUUUUGGAUGGAAUUAACGUCACUAUCAGAAGAAAUUACAUUUAUGAAGAUGCUUAUGAUAAACUUUCUCCUGAAAAUGAACCUGACCUAAAAAAGCGCAUUCGUGUUCACUUACUUAAUGCACAUGGUCUUGAUGAAGCUGGUAUUGAUGGUGGUGGAAUUUUCAGAGAAUUUCUGAAUGAACUGCUUAAAUCAGGAUUUAACCCUAACCAGGGUUUUUUUAAGACCACCAAUGAGGGACUUCUUUACCCUAACCCUGCUGCGCAGAUGCUCGUUGGAGACUCUUACGCCCGACAUUACUACUUUCUUGGAAGAAUGCUUGGAAAGGCUCUUUAUGAAAAUAUGCUGGUGGAGCUGCCAUUUGCUAGUUUUUUCCUUUCAAAAUUACUGGGGACAAGUGCUGAUGUUGACAUUCAUCAUUUAGCUUCACUAGAUCCAGAAAUGUACAAAAACUUGCUUUUUCUCAAGAGCUAUGAAGGGGAUGUGGAAGAACUUGGACUAAACUUCACUGUGGUAAAUAAUGACCUUGGGGAAGCACAGGUGGUUGAGCUGAAGCCAGGUGGAAAAGAUAUUCCUGUUACCAGCGCUAACCGAAUCGCAUACAUCCAUUUGGUGGCAGACUACAGGUUAAACAAACAAAUUCGACAGCAUUGCCUUGCUUUCCGGCAGGGACUGGCCAAUGUUGUGAAUCUUGAAUGGCUUCGAAUGUUUGAUCAACAGGAAAUACAGGUUCUGAUUUCUGGUGCCCAGGUUCCUAUUAGUUUGGAUGACCUUAAGUCUUUCACAAACUAUUCAGGUGGCUACACAGCAGACCAUCCUGUAAUUAAAAUAUUCUGGAGAGUUGUAGAAAGCUUCACUGAUGAAGAGAAACGCAAACUACUCAAGUUUGUAACAAGCUGUUCUCGACCGCCUCUUCUGGGGUUUAAGGAGUUAUAUCCUGCAUUUUGCAUUCACAACGGAGGAUCUGAUUUAGACAGGCUACCUACUGCCAGUACCUGCAUGAACUUGCUGAAGCUUCCUGAGUUUUAUGACGAAAAUCUGAUGCGAAGCAAGCUUCUUUAUGCCAUUGAAUGUGCUGCUGGAUUUGAAUUAAGCUGAGUCGAACUGAUGCUUAUUUGGAUGAUCUGCAGAGGAACUAACCAGUGCCUACUCUAUAAGCAGCACUCAUAUUCGAGCAGUUUUAAGGGAAUUCUGUCUAGAUUUCUGCAGCUCUUGUGUCUUAUCAAAUGCCCUCAAAUAGGUUUCAUUUUAAAACACGAUUUCUUAGUUAGCUUUCAUUAAUUAAUAUUACAUUGACACUGCUUUAUGAUUCGAAACAAUGAAUGCUGUGUGCAGUGUGGCUGUUUUCUGUGUUUAUGCGAAGAAAGAGCACAUUUAAAGAACAGUCACAUCUCAGUGAAAUUAACCAAAGAUGAAGCUUUGGCUUUGUGCUGUUCAAACAUAAACAAUUUCACAAACUGGCAAUAAAGUUGUGUACCAUGCAGCGCAUUGGGAUGAGACAGGGCUAACAUCCUGUAAUUAAUCUUUUAGAUGGAAGUGAAGCAGAUGUUUGGAGAUAUCCCAGAACUGAGAGGAUGAAAAUGCUCAUUACCGAUA